AUGAUGCCCCCGCGGGGGGCGGCGGGCUCCUGCCGCCGGCGGCGGCUGGCGCCCCUCAACGAGGACAACGGGCGGUUCCUGCUGCUGGCCGCCCUCAUCGCGGCGUACCUGAGCGCCGGCGCCACCGUCUUCUCGGCCCUCGAGAGCCCAUCGGAGGCGGCGGCGCAGCUCCGCUGGAACCGGACCCUCCACAACUUCAGCCGCAUCUUCAACAUCAGCCUGCCGGAGCUGCGCGCCUUCCUGCGGAGCUACGAGGCGGCCAUGGCCGCGGGCAUCCGCGUCGACGCCCUGCGGCCCCGCUGGGACUUCCCCGGCGCCUUCUACUUCGUGGGCACCGUCGUCUCCACUAUAGGUUUUGGAAUGACCACACCAGCAACCGUGGCUGGAAAAGUAUUCCUCAUCGUUUAUGGCCUUUUUGGGUGUGCUGGGACUAUCCUUUUCUUCAACCUCUUCUUGGAGCGCAUUAUCUCUCUGCUGGCAUUUAUCAUGAAGGCGUGCCAUGAGAGACAGCUACGAAGAAGUGGUCUCCUACCUCCCAACUUCCGAAGGGGGCCAGCUAUGUCUGGGGUGGGCAGCCUCGUGGGGUGGAAGCCAUCCGUUUACCACGUGAUGCUGAUUCUGGGAAUUUUUGCUAUUACCCUUUCGUGCUGCGCCUCCGCGAUGUACACAGCGGUGGAAGGAUGGAACUACGUUGACUCUCUGUACUAUUGCUUUGUCACGUUCAGCACCAUUGGCUUUGGAGAUUUGGUAAGCAGCCAAAAUGCUGCGUACCAAAAUCAGGGAUUAUACAGAUUUGGAAACUUCAUAUUUAUAUUAAUGGGGGUAUGUUGCAUAUACUCUCUUUUUAAUGUCAUCUCAAUUGUAAUCAAGCAAGUUUUGAACUGGGUGUUGAAAAAAUUCGAAUGCAGAUGUUGCCCAAAGUGCCAUAAAUCAAGUACCCGCCUCGGCCGUCGCAACGCCAUCACCCCAGGAGCCCGCCUACGUAGACAUAACAUCUCAGUGGAUGCCGAUGGACAGUACGACAGUGAUACUGAGGGGAGGAGGCUCUCUGGAGAGUUGAUCUCCAUGAGGGAGCUCACAGCAUCCAAUAAAGUCUCCCUGGCCAUUUUGCAAAAGCAGCUGUCGGAGACGGCCAAUGGCUACCCGAGGAACGUUUGUAUCAACACGAGACAAAACGGUUUCUCAGCAGGGGUGGGUGCUCUAGCCAUCAUGAACAACCGCUUGGCAGAAACGAGUGAUUCUAGGUAG